AAAAAUUGAAUGUAAUUAAUAUUUUUAAAUAUAUAAUUUUUAUUUAAAAAUUCAGGUACUCAUUUGGUUCUCGGUUCGGUUUCAAUUUUUCUGUCAUAGAUUUAUAAUUUGCUAUAUUAUUUAUGCAAUUCAAUUCAAUUUUGGUUUUUCAGCUUGGUACGGUUUGGUCCAUGGUUUUGGAUAAAUGUGCUCAAACUUAUACACUAUCUUAUAUUGAAAUUCGUUUACAAUAUAUUUAAUUAUAAAAACAAACCCGCGCUUUCGAAGCGUAACAAUGAUAAUAAAGUUGUUAAAAAAAGAGAUUAUAAAGAUUUAAAUGGGCCAUUUAAAGAUGGUUUAAAGCCCAAUACAUACGUAAGUAAUACUGGCGUCACAGAUGCAUUAUACGUAUACUUUAAUUUCUAUCGAUCUUAUCUGGUUUCACUCACUCGGAUACUCACAAUCACAAAACCAUGAGAUCAUCAGAUAACCUCUGGACCAGAAAACCAGAAGCCAAAACCGGCAAAUCUGAGUUUCCGGUUAUCAGAUUCAUCCGUAGAUACAUGGAGAACAUCAAGGACAAAGCCGGAGGUCCUGGAGUCGGCGGCGGAAUAGGCUGCGGCGCUGGACUCGGCUUCGGACUCGCCGGAGGGCUCGGGUUAGUCACUUCUGAAGGUAUUAACCAUUCCAAUGUGGUUUUUGGAAUCGGUGUGGGUUGCGGUAUUGGGGUUGGGUUUGGGUACGGGUUUGGAGUUGGUGGCGGGUUCAAUUUCGAUGACAUUGGAGAUAAAUUGACCUAUGGGAAGGAAUAGCUCCGGUUAAGAGUCCGGGUCGGGUACAGAUUCGUAUAAUGUAAUAUUAUUGUAAGAAUCGGGACGUUACUCUGCCUUUUUGUCUUAA